UGGCAAUCAAGUUUUUUUAAUCCACCAAGGAAGAUCAUAGUACUGAUAUCACGCCUUCUCAGUGAUGCACAUCGGUAUAUUUUGCGAUGCCUGAGCAACCAUGGAACCGUUUCACAUUGUACUGUACUAACAGCUAUUUCAGAGAUUGGACACUCAACAUAUGUUGAUUCUCCACUCGGGCCAAAUGCGUUUCGGGAAUAUGAAACCUUACUUAUUCAGGACCUUGAUGAGCUUCUUAAGAAGUCUGAGAAUUUAGACAGACAUAAAGAAAACAUUCAUAAAGAGGCGAGUGAUUUUACCUCUGACGUUGAUAAUUAUUCUAAGUGGGGUUCUGGGGUGCAUUAUGGCUCUAAUUCUGAAUCCAGCCCAACGAAAAGGGAUUUUUUGAUGACGAAAUGGGCCAGGUAGAAGCAAGAGGGAGAAGACUGUUUGUAGCUGUGCGUCACUUUCCGAUGAUUUUCUCUCCUAUUUCCUCAAGGGUUUUUGUUUUGCCCUCUGAAGGCAUAAUUGCUGACUCAAGCCUGUCGAAUCAUCAUGAGGAUUCCCUUGGCUCUGGUUUACCCUCCAUAUCUACUGGUAAACCUUUUGAUAGUGACGAGGUACCACCAGGAGUGACAUUGACUGCCCAGUUUCCGUACCAUUUGGCCAAUAAGAUGGACCUAAAGCUUGAUAUAUUUUCACUUGGUGAUACAUCAAAGGUCAUUGGAAAGCUGAUGAUGGAUAUGUCAAGUCUAUAUGAUGUUGGUCGCAAUAAGAGAUCUGCUGGUCUACUGAUCGUAGAUCAUAUAGUUGAUCUCCUAACUCCUUGCUUCCAUGGUGACUCAUUUCUUGAUAGGAUGCUAUCCUUGUUGCCACACAAGGAAAAUAUGCGAUCCAAUUCUGCAGCGAAAAAUCCACAAACUCCAAGUAAGCAUUCUCAAGGCACCAUUAAACGUUCCCCACUGGAUAUAAAAGUUCCUUUUGAGACAGUGUUUAGCAAGGAAGAAUCAAAGAUUAGGAGCAGUAUGUUAUCUGAAGGUUUCAUGUCAUUUGCGUCUGGAUGGAACUCCGUUGAUGUUGACUCUGAAGUUAGCUGGUUACCUGAUUACGUUGAUAAAGCACAUGAUCACAAACUUGGUUGUGAACUUGACACUAUAAGUGGCUCGUUCCUAUCCAAUAGUGCUGGAAUGCGCUACUUAGAAGCAUUGCUAGACAGAGGAUCGAAAGAUGGGUUAGUACUGAUUAAAAAAUGGCUUAUUGAAGCCUUGCAGCAUGGGAAGCUAACAUCUGCAUCCAAAGGUCGGCAAGGAGCCACUUCUGUUUCAGAGAUUCGAUCUAUGGUGCAAAUGCUUUCCCGAGACCAGUUGUCAUUGUUAAAAAACAAGGGUGUUAUCUAGUUAGCACUAGCUGCUGAAAUGACUCUACGGGAGCCUCAAAGUUCUCGCUGGGACGCCUUUACAAGUGCCGAGAGAAUAUUAAGUGUGACAUCUGCAGAGACACCUCAAAGUCUUGCCAGUGAGCUUCGUGAUUUCAUCAACACUAGCACUUUAGUUGAAUCACACGCACAAACUACUUCAAUGGAGUCUUCACAGGGCCUACUUAGUUUCCAGGACGUACUGCUUCUAACGAUUAUAGGGUAUAUCUUAGCUAGUGAAAAUUUCCCUACAUCUAUGGCUGGUGGUCCAUUUUCUUGGGAAGAUGAGCGGUCUCUUAAAGAUGUUAUAGUGGACUCUAUCCUUGAACGACCAUCAUCUGUGAAGUUGCGCUUCCUUGAUGGCCUGGAUAGUGAACUUGAAGCUAAAGCUAGAUCUAAAGAUGGUGAGAGGAAUAAAAACUCUAGCGAGGUAGCACCCAGUACUGAUGUUGAUUUUGAUGAUGAAUGGGGUACCUGGGAUGACAGUGAUAAUACUGAUCACCAAAAGGAGGAAGCUUAUGGGGACAUGCAACUUAAGUUGGAAGUGCGAGAUAGAGUUGAUCAGCUUUUCAAAUUCUUUCACAAAUUAUCCAGUAUGAGGUUAAGAAAUCAAGCCUUUG